UUGGAGGCAGGGGAGCGUAGCGGUGGUAGAGCUAGUCUUCUAGUGCAGGCGGAGCGGAGAGGUUAGAGCGCUGGGCUGCAGUGUGGAAGGCAGUGUGUUUGAGUAGCUCAGUGGUUAGAGCGCUGGGCUGCAGUGUGGAAGGCAGUGGGUUUGAGUAGCUCAGUGGUUAGAGCGCUGGGCUGCAGUGUGGAAGGCAGUGGGUUUGAAUAGCUCAGUGGUUAGAAUGCUAGGCUGCAGUUUGAAAGGCAGUGGGUUUGAGUAGCUCAGUGGUUAGAUUGCUGGGCUGCAGUGUGAGAGGCAGCAGGUUUGAGUAGCUCAGUGGUUAGAGCGCUGGGCUGCAGUGUGGAAGGCAGCAGGUUUGAGUAGCUCAGUGGUUAGAUCGCUGGGCUGCAGUGUGGAAGGCAGCGGGUUUGAGCAGCUCAACGGUUAGUGACUAAUUUAGAAGAAUGCGCAGUGAGACAAAGAUUUAAUUAACUGAUUGCGUGUGUGAAUUAAAAGGUUCUAACACUUUCUUUCCCCCUCUGUAUUUUAUGUCUGUCUUCUCUCAACGGGAUUCCUGGACAGCAGUGAAACUGAAGCACGCAGGCAGUGAGGGAGAGCUGCACCCUGCUUUUGAUCCAGUCUGCUCCUCCAUCAGUACCAGCACACUGGCCUCCUCCGUCAUCGAGGUAGAGACCAGGGGACGAGAUGAGGAGGAGGAGGAGGAAGAGGAAGAGGAACGCCCCACCCUCUCCAUCACAGAGGAGAUCCUGGAGUUUAUCAACCAGAGCCGAGCACGGGAUCUGGGGGAGGCUGGGGGCGAGGAGACAGCCCAGCUUCCAGAGGGUCAUCUGCAGGUGGAUCCGAUGCUGGAAGAAGAAUCCUCUGCUGACUUGGGGGCCACGGCACUGGGGAUGAACAAAGAGGAUCUGCGGCCCUCCCUGGAAGUCAUCGAGCUGGAUGAAGAGAACUCCUCUGCGGGAGAAGCGCUGGGGAGAAGGGGACAAGCAAGAGUGAAGGAACCAGAGCCUUGUGCCCCAGCCAGCGAGUCUUCGGAGGAAGAGGAGGGCCAGGGCAGGCUGGAGUCGGGACCCUCUCCCCUUCAUGUGCUGGAAGAACUGGAGCAGGAAGAGGCACCUUCAACCGGAAAACCAGAGAUGCCGAAUCCGGAGCGUUCGAACGUCGAUGAGGAACUGAACCACGAGGGACCGACUGGCAAACCCUCCCCCCUCGAGGAUGGCCCUGUCCAGGGGGUGGCGGCUCCGGAUCGCUCCGAUCCAGCCAAGUCUGCAGCCAAAGCAGCUUUGACCAAAGACGACCGUCUCCUGAUUGAGAAGAUAAAGAACUACUACGAGACGGGCGAGGCGAUCGCCCCCCAGCUCCAGAGGAGAGACAGCAUCUCCUUCAUCCCGGCCGGGCUGGUCAAGGACUCGGUGUCCAGGUUCCACAUCCUCGUCCAGCAGGACAGCAUCUGCGAGUCGGAGGCGGGGAGGUCGGAAUCCAGCGAGACGGAGGCACGGCUGUCCCUCUCCCGGCAGACCUCUGCGGCAGAAUCGGAGACCAGUGACUUCCGGGACACUCUGGAGCAAGAGGAGGAGGAGGAGAAAGGCAGGGAUCAAGACAUAGAAGGAGCAGGAGAAGGGGGCUGCCGCCAGGUGGAAACAGAAUGUGAGUACCGAUCGUGCACGGAGCUGAUGAAAGUGUGGAAGGAGAAAGAGAGAAAAGCCGACAGAAGGGGCCAAGAAGAGAAGAAAGCAAAGGAUUUUCAGAAGACACCCGGGAACCUAGUUAUCCGGGAAGAUAUCUCGGAAGCAAAUCGGAAAAAAGAAGCCGUAGAAGGAGGAGAAGAAAUCUCCAGAAAAGCCAGAAUGACGUUUCCAAUAGGCCAUUGUAAAACCUGCCCGGAUUCCGAGAGACGCUCGAUCGAGGAAUGCUGCUGUCCCCGAGAGCAUCCCGGCCCAUUCCCAUCUCCGGAUGUGACCGGGAUCAGUCUGUACGAGGGAGGGAGAGAGGGCUGCCUGGCGGAGAACUCGGAGAAGAUUAUCAGCAAAGUACAGAUGCUGGCCCGCAUGUACAGCGCCAGGAUCGGCCGCAUGAAGACUCCUCUGCAAAAGAAGGUGUGGGAGAGGAGCAGGGGGCCGGCAGGGAGGAGGGAAUGGGGAGAGACAGAGAAGCAGCCAGACUGCAAGGUGACAGGGGGUCUCAGGGUCCCGAGAGAACCGCAGCUGUACGGACACGUGAUCAUCCGGGAGCAGCUUUCCACGACCUACGUGCAAGAGAACCAGUACAUCAUCACCGCAGCAAAGGAGAACGCCUGGGAGCUCGAGAGCAGCAACACCAGAGCAGCACCCCAUCACCCGGGACCAGUGGAACCUCAUACAGAGGCCAACCUGGACACCCUCCUCCAGGCAGACCCUCAGAAACCUGAACGGUCACCUCCGGUCACCCCCAGCGAAGAUCCCCCUCCGGAAGUUGGUGACUUCGAAUUGGAUUCCCAGAGCUCCUCAGAAGCAGUCCCUGCCAUCCAAAGCUGCCCUGAACCUGAGAGACGCCCUGCAGUCGUGUGCAAUCCAACAACAUCCAACAACGAAAAGACUGUUUCCAGAGCCCCGCUGCCCGUGUCGGAGAAAUCGCCUUGUUCCCAAAUCGACGAUCAAUCGGAUUCCAGUUCUGCUGUGUCCGUAGGGAAAGCAGGACAGUCGCUGUGGUCCUCAGCAAAAGAAUCAUCGUCGGAUGUUGAAAAAAAGGAGCCAUCACGUUCUGGUUCGUUGCUUUCCAUGGAGGAAGCUGAACGGGCUUUGAAUGACAGAUCAGUGCGACAAGAGACGACACUCGUUCAGGACGGAGAACUUUUUGCCCUGGCCAAAUUGGAUGACUUGUGUAAACAGGAUCCAGUUUUACCAGCUGAGGGUCAAACAGAUAAAGGCCGUUCUUGUGUUGCUGAAGAUGCGGAGAGUUCUUUAUUCCGGCCAGCACUGCUAAGACCAAAGCCUAUCUUGCCUGCAAAAAGCAGGGAGCUUGCCACGUCCAAAUGGAAUCCUUUGCAACAGAAGCCGGUAGUCUAUACUAAAACAGCAGACGAUCGGGUGCAAUAUUCUGUACAGACGCCCUCCCUGUCCAGCCCCUUUUCGCCUGUUUCGGAUCACUGUACCCCUUCCUCAGUGCCAUCCUACGUUAGACGAUCCUUAGGGAACUCUACCCCAACUUUGUGGGCAAAAACUGAUCCACAGUCUCCUUUGGAAAUGCUCGAUGCCCAAAACCAGGAGACACCAUCAAAAGAUGCUAAAGAACCAACCAGCUUCUGCUUGACAUCCAAAGAUCCUUUGUCCAAAAAGUGUGCCACCGAAGAGAUGACUUCAGGCAGGCAGAGUAGUGGUAUUUCGGAAGACGGCUCUAAAGACCAGGGGAAUGCUUCUUCAACAAUGUCUCCCGAAGUAUCAGAUACACACUCUCUGAAUGUAAAGUCCUUUGAGCUGAAGGAACGCCUGCCAAAGUUCACCAGCCAAAGACCUCCUUACCUGCCGACCAAGAGUGGGAGAAGAAGCUUGCCACUCUACUUGGAAGGACAAGGAUUUUCCAACCAAAGGUUGCAGCCCUCCUCUCCCUGUUUUAAGGAGUCCCUGGAUCACCAAACACCAGCGGACAGGAGGCGAUCAAACCCCCAGCAUUCCCAACAGAAUUCUUGCAACUUCCAAAAUUCCCCGCCUCCUCUGAGAAAACCGGACUGCAUCCCAUCCUCGACCAGACAGGAAGGGAAGACCUCCUCCUCCUCCUCCUCUCUCAAACUCGGCCUGAGAACUCGGACUCCCUCUCCCAUCCGCAAAAUCCCGUCUCCUUCCAUCUCCGCCGCUCUCUCCAAAUCCGUCGCUGCUUCCUGCAUCAGCCAGACCAUCAGCCAGAGCCUGGCCAAAAGGAACGGGCGCCUCCAGUCUUCCCUCUCGCAGGACUCCGAGCUGCCCCAGCCACCCAGCAUGCCCUUGCCUCCGCUCUCCGGGUCCGUCCUGAGGUUCCGAUCCCCGUCUCCCGGACGGAAAUCCCCUUUGGGUCCGGCUUAUCCGAACAGGCAGUCCCUGGGCCGUUCUGUUCCCGGUUUGACUGAGAAAGCCGACCGACUCGGCUCCACCGCGCCACACCUUCUCCACCCUUCCAGCGCUGCUUCAGGCCCCGCCCCCAUGAUCUCCCCACCCCCCUUCCGUAGCCACAGAUCCGUGUCCCCUACUGUGCCAGUUAGCCUCUACCAGACUUCCAAGGCUGGAUCUAAAAGCUUUGACCUCUCACGCAAUAACAAUAACAAUAAUAAUAAUAAUAAUAAUAAUAAUAAUAAUAAUAAUAAUAAUAAUAGCAAUACUGACAGCAAUACUAAAACAGCCAACUUGGUUCAGAUAGUGUGUUCUGUGGGUACUGUCAGAUCUUCCUCUUCCUCUUCCUGUACUCCUAACCGCAUCACCAGGCCCUUCUCUUCUGCAUCGGAGCCAAGUUCAAGGGUCCAGUCUCCUUCUCCUGCAGGGCCUCGAAUCUGCUCACCGCUGCCCAUCCACCCAACCCAAGACAACUUGAAAGGCAAGCCGCCCCACCAUCCUUCGAACCCCAAACCGACCCCCCGCUCCUUCACCCCUCUGUGCUUCGGCUCUCAGGACCGCUCAGGGUCGUCCACCCCCUGCUCCACGUCUCCUUGCACCAGCCCUCGAGUCACAUCCCCGCCCCCCAUCCCUCCUAGCGUUACCCAGUCCCUGCGCAGACCCAGGGGGAACAGCCUGCCCUUUAUUAGCCUCAAAGAUGGAUGUGCCAGCCCCUUUCGUAGCAGUCGGAGGUCCUGGGGAGGAGGUGGUGGAAGUAUGAUGGGCAGCACGGACAGUAUUGAGCAGGAUUCGGGGCUGCCGUCCUCGGGGAGGGUGUACGGCAGCCCCCCUUCUUGUCUGAGUCCCGGCGCUACGUCUCCGGUGAGGUCUGUCAGUCGCAACAACAGCCUUGACGGUCUCAGCACUCAGGAGAUUGCCACCCUCACUUGGCCGGCCGACCGAGAGCUUCAGACCAAGUACGGAACGGAGAAAGAGGACUGCUCUCUCGAAAAAGAGGAACCGCCAGAGCCGGAACUGGAGCCACCCAGCGGCACUUGCAGAUCCAGCCUCGUGUGUCCCUACAUGGGCGACCCCCAGCGUUUGCCCGUGGGUCUGACUGACCGAUCCUGCACCCAUUCCACAGGCUCCGGGGACCCGGCGCAGGAUAACUGCAGAGGAGGGGGCCUGAAAACCAGCUACUCCACCACCGUCAACCUCCAGAUAGGAGGCAGCGGGAGGAUAGCUUCUUUCAGCAUCGCUCAGGUCAGUCUCACUCAGACCCUGGCAGUGGUACCAGAGAGCCUGAGCGCAAGGAGGGUGAACGUUCAUGGAUACACUGUUGAGUCUUCAACAAACUGCUAGGGGGGGUUCAGGGACUGGGUGAAGCAGCAGGGCUAGUGUGAGUUUGUAACCCUGCUCAAACUCCUGGCUCCUGAUCAUUUCAAUAUUAAUAAUAAUAGACUUCAUUGAGGGGAGCUCUGAACCCCAGGACUGGGUGCAGUAGCAGCAGCAGCAGGGCUAGUGUGAGUUUCUAACCCGCUCAAACUCCUGGCUCCUGAUCAUUUCAAUAUUAAUAAAAAGACUUAAUUGAGGGGAGUUCUGAACCCCAGGACUGGGUGCAGCAGCAGCAGGAUUAGCGUGAGUUUCUAAGGUGGUGACUUUAAAGUAAGUGACAGGACUUUGAGAAUACCCUCCUGCUGUGCCCCAACCCUAUACCCUGUUUCCGUUACUCAAUCAUGAACGAGGAAGUCGAACACAAAGCACUUCAAAACGUUCUGGUAAUACUUUCAUCACUUACUGUUGCUUGCGUGGUGCAGUCUCCUUUGUCUUUGCAUUUUUAAAAGAUUUCUGCACAAGAAGACGACAUUGCAAGUAUCACAAUUACCAUAUCAUGAACUCUGUGCCCUGGGCAAGUUUUAAAUUGACAAGCUGUUGCAUGGUACAAGAAUUGCUUUGCUUUGGCACGUGCAGCUGACUUCAGUCUGACAGUAUAUGGAUUUUAUUUAAAUUGUAAAGGUACAUGAAUUAAAUACAUGUUUUAGGAAUAAAAUCAUUCCAUGUACUCUUUCUGUACAAACAUUAAAAAAUGCUACUUUUUUAUGUACCUUAUACCCAUAACACAUAGCGACAUCUGGUGGCUGUUUCCAGAAAUUACACCUUUGAAAGGGAAUUGCUUUGUUUCUUUAAAAGGAAUGUCAUGUACUGAUUUUUUUUUUCUCUUUUUGCCCACAAGUAUUUGUUGAUUUUUUGACACAGUUUCAAACCAGACAAGAUACUUGUUGUGUUGCUUGUUUUUUGUUUUUUUGUUUUUUCAAGUUCGGUUUAGACAAAAACUGUUUGUGGAAUCUGUCGUUGAAAUGAUGCUCCACAUGUAUACCUUGUGCCUUUAGCAAGUAAAAGAGAAAAAAAGACAAUUAUACUCAUGACCAAAAUGAAUAAGAGCCCUGAAGGGUAUUGAAACUCAUCUGUACAGCAAUGGCCAAACUUUUGCAUAAACUAGAAUUUUAGGGUUGAGACAUCAUUUUUUUAAAAAUAAAUAUAUGAACAUAAUUUAGAUAUUUUAUUUAACAUCAUGUAAUCAAAGAAGCUACAAAAUUAUAUUGCAAAAGUCUACCGGACACCAUACUAGUAGAACAGUAUUUUACGUUAUAUAUUGAAAUGUCGCAGCUUUCCAUUAAGUAUAUAGAAAGCAACACAGCGGUGUGUAAUUCAAUAUGUUAACGUAACAUUAUUCAGCAGGUUUCAUUCGAUUUUAUGAAGCAAAAUUAGUUCAUUCUACAAAGUGAUGCAAAACUUUUGGCCAGAGCUGUAGAAGAAAUGGGACCAAAGACAAUUUCACAGGCACAGAGGAAGGACUGCUUAUCAAACUCAGGCUUUAUUGGUGUGGUCAAAGAACAAUCAAAGGGGAAAAAAUAUGUAUCCUCCAUAAAAAGAAGAGUGUACACUCUGGAUUACUAUUACUGGGACCAAAGUUCAAAUCAUUCAGGCGUAAAAGCAAUUAAUUCUGUACAAUCAGGGACAAACCACACACCAAACCAAGAUACAACAUUAUUAUUAUUAUUAUUAUUAUUAUUAUUAUUAUAACUGUUAUUAUGAAUGUUAUGUGUGUUUGUUUUUAGUAUCACAAGGCACUGUCUCACUUAGAUAUACAAUUUUUUUUAAAAAUAUGAACAUAAAUGAAAACUUUUUAGGCUGUAUAAAGAGGUAAACAUUAAGUUGUUGUUGUUGUUAUGUAAUAUUUUGGGUAUUUAAAUUGAUUUCUAUCAUGUAUUAUUUGAAAGGGGUGCAUGACAUGUGGAGCACACCAGCCUGCAAUUCAAAAUAGGGCAGUGCUAUGGUGUGUUUAUGGCGUGUUUGGCAUGUUUGUAGCGUGUUUAUGACAUGUUUAUGGCAUGUUUGUAGCAUGUUUAUUGUGCAGUAAGAUCGAAAAGGUUUAUGCCCCCAGUGCAUCAUGCUUCCUGAGUCAUGUGUUCCAUUUAUUCUUACAAGCUAUUAAAAUAUUUGCAAACAAG